AAAGAGAGUGAAGUCUGAUAGAAAGAUAAACAGAUGUGAAAAACUUCCGACGCUCCACGAAUCAGCAUGUAUUACUUUAUUCUUAAGACUUUGAUAAAGUUAGUCUAAGUUUAUUGUAAAAAAUAAGAGAAUGCUUGGCAUUUCAGUGCUUUUGAAAAAGGUACUUUGACUACAAGUAUAGAAGUGCGCAUAACCCGGGAGUACAGAGAAAAAAGUCAAUUUAAAGGUGAGCGAAGAGGCGUCUGACCGGAGAUUUGUACUGUAGCGAUGGCGAACAGUAAGACGUUGACGGUAGUUGUCCUCCUAAGCAUCUUUUUGGCAAGAAGUCACACAAGAGAUUUCAAAGAGCAGAUCUUUGUGGCGGGAAGCGAUGUGUCUUUAUGGUGUGCCAAUAAUGUCACUGAUGUCAAAUGGAAUGAAUUAAUUUUUAUUGUGUGGAACAUCAGCAUGCAGGGCAGAAAAUGUUUUCUUGGUUUGGCACCCAAACUGGACAACACUUGUAAUGAUGGAAAGAGGCUAUACAACACUUCAAAUGAAGUUUCAUUAUUCAUUCCCAAGAUUUCAGUGGAAGAUGAAGGAUUUUACUAUUGUGAUUUAUCAAUAAAAGGAGGAAGCAAAUCUAUAAAUGUCUCUGUAAGCGUUACCCGCCUGAAAACUCAUCUGGACAUUGAAAAUGGUCUGAGGAUUGCUGUCUGUGAGGCCACAUAUAAAAAGACGAAACCCACUCUUCACUGGGAACCUGCCUUGAACUUUUCCUUCAAAAACACUUCAGUCAAGAAGGUUGACACGUUUUUUAUUAUGGAGAAUCGAGUACAUCUUCCUGAUGAUGUGACCAUCAGUAACCUCAGCUGUGUGGCGUCAUACCCCUCUGUGUCCGGCCCUCUGCAACAGAAGAGCACACUGCAUAUUACAACACAAGGAAAAGAAACAAGAACAUAUAAAUGGGAAAUGAUUGCCAUAUCAUCUGGUUCUUUUUGUUUUAUUCUUGUGUCUCUGGCCGGGGUUUACCUACUACGCAGGAAACUCAAGCACAUAAGUUCAUUGAAGAUGCUUUGCUGCAAAUCCAAAAUCUCACCACCAGCUGAAGACAAACCACCCCAGCCUACUGAUGUGGAAGAGGUGGAACCUUAUGCAAGUUAUAUACAGCGAGUCAAUUCCAUCUACAACUCCUCAGCUGAACUCUUCAAUGCCUAACCGACACAACACACACUCACUUUUCAUGAUGAAACAGGAUACCAGAAGAGCACUGAAAAUUAAGAGGGCAAAGACAUUUCUGUGGUUAAAAUUGCACAUUGAAAACAAUACUAGUGGAAAAGCAGUCAUCUCAUGAGAGCAUCCCCAAAGCAAACAGCGCCUGACUGAGGAACAAAAGUCACACCGAGUCAAAUCGUGAAAGACAGUGACAGAGGAACAUUUGUCUCAGUAUAUGAUGAAGAAUGACUGGGACAACUUCAGAAUCAGUGAUUUCACUAAUAUGUAGAUUUGUAGACACAGUGCCUGGUUAGAUAUUAAUCAUUUGUACAAAUCGUUCUUUUCACGUUUGUACAUAUAUCUUUCCUUUCUGAGAGUAAAAGGUCAAAAUCAACCCAUUGUCCGCUAACAAUACUAAAGUUUUUAAAUAUUGCACAGAAUUCAAAUUAUGUAAAUACAUUUUAUUAUCCCUUCA